GAGAGGGAAGAGGAGAGGAAGGGGAGAGAGAGGGAGGGAAGGCGGGAGGGAGGGAGUGAGGGACGGGGAGAGAGAGAGAGAGAUUUGAAUUUCCCAUCUGGAAGGCGAGCGGUAGCACGUCAGGAACUGGCUAAGGGGCGUGAUUGGAGGGCGCCUUCGGCAGCCGCCCGCGGCAGCAGCCGCGGCCCCAGUUACUCCAGGCGGCGGCGGGAGCUGAAAUAGCAGAAGGAACCGCCUUGUUGAGUCCGGCCGGAGCCCUGCAGUGGCUCAGACGGUUGCGGGGACCGCCAGGUCGUCACCUGCCCAAGCCAGGCCAGCCUGAAGCGCUGCAUGCACAUUUGGCCGUGAGCUAGUGCACGUUAACCGGAGCCGGUGCCAUGGACUUCGUCAUGAAGCAGGCCCUGGGAGGGGCCACCAAGGACAUGGGGAAGAUGCUGGGGGGAGAGGAGGAGAAGGACCCAGACGCGCAGAAGAAGGAGGAAGAGCGGCAGGAGGCGCUGCGGCAGCAGGAAGAGGAGCGCAAAGCCAAGCACGCGCGCAUGGAGGCGGAGAGGGAGAAGGUCCGGCAGCAGAUCCGAGACAAGUACGGGCUGAAGAAGAAGGAGGAGAAGGAGGCUGAAGAGAAGGCAGCCCUGGAGCAGCCCUGUGAGGGGAGCCUGACUCGGCCCAAGAAGGCCAUCCCUGCUGGCUGUGGUGAUGAGGAGGAGGAGGAAGAGGAGAGCAUCCUGGACACGGUGCUCAAAUACCUGCCCGGGCCACUGCAGGACAUGUUCAAGAAGUAACCGGCCCUCCUGCCCCAUCCCUACUCCACCUAUUACUAUUUUCUUUUUUUCUUUUUUCUUUUUAUUAAGUUAAGUCUCAAUUCUGAAGGGGAAAACCUCAGUUGGCCUCUGCCCCCCUUCCCUGGCCAGGGACUUCUCCUACUUAGCGCUCCCUCACACACCCCUUCAUCCCAGGGCACCCAGACCCACCCUACUCCCAAGUAGCUUGAAAAGGGGAAGGCGGCUUUCCCUUUCCAGGGGGCAUUGAACCCAGGGCUAUAGGCACUGGAGGCCCCACAGGAAGACUAAAGUCUAUGUUAGCGUGGUAACCCCCAUACAUUCCUCCAUGCUCCCCACUGCCAGGAGGACCACUGUCCCCAGCCAGCCAAAGUAAUGACACAUUCCAGCCCUGCCCAGUAUGAUGACCUUUGGCCUCUGACCUCCAGGUCAAGGCAGGGGCACUGAGUAGCCUGGCUCUUAGAAAGGAAGUCAGGGUAAGCCUGCCCGAUGAAGGCCCAGCCUGAGCGGUCCAGGAUCUGGCUAGGCUGGGGUCUGGGCAGGAGGCUGGGAUUCUUCUUCUUCCCUCUCCUUGGUGACACCCAGCCCAGGAGCACCCCCUUCCCCAACCCUUAACUAGAGAGGCAUGGCCCUUGCCAAGCUGGUCCCUCCAAAUGGAUCCUAUUUGGACUUUAGCUCAUUUGUGGAGGAGCCCCAGGGUAAGGCAACACCUUGUUCUCUCACACCCUACUUAGGUCCUGGAGCCCCACUGCCAGGCUGGAUCAGGUUUCCCAGCCAAGGGGCUUCCCAGGCCUCCCCAAAACACUUGGAGCCAUCGGGCAGCAAUGGUCUAUGCUAUGGGAUUCCCCCAUUGGUGUGGCCAGGCUGCCCCCAUUUCUAUCCAACCCUCUUCCCCACCCUGUCCUGUCCAUGUGCUUCCAGGGCCCCCAUGGUCCCCAGGAGGAUCCUUCCUGGCCAAAGCCCCAAGCCAUUGGGGAGAAGCCAAUUUCCAUUUGACAGAAGGCAUCCAUCCAUUCAUCUCAUUGGCCAAGAACAAACUCUCGUCUGGGAUGUGUGGGACUGACAUUUAUCCCCCUUCCCCCAAGUUACCAAGGCUUCCUACUCUG